AUGGGGGACGAAAACGAGGACGAUAGAAUACAGGAGGAUGCCAAGGAAGACUGUGAGGCGGAGGUAGAGCCGGAGCGACUGCAGUACAAGGCAAGGGGUUUCGAGUGGAGUGGUCGAAGACACACGAACAAAAGAUGCGCGCCCGUGAGGGCCGCGUCAAGCGGCAGACUCGUCUUGUUUUUCGUCGGAGCUAAGGAAAAACUGCGGGUAGGGUCGCCCCUUCGUAUGUCAUCAGUAUCACAUGAUCCACGCGAAGAUGUGUUCGGCGGUGCUUUUUUGUUGGUGGAACCGAACGGUUCCAAGGUUAUCCUCCUGGGAGACGGCACCGUGGGCAAGACGUCGAUCGCUACGAGGUUCGCACAGGGUGACUUCUCCCAGAUGUACAAACAGACAAUCGGCUUGGACUUUUUUGUGAAGAGAAUUCUUUUGCCAGGUGAUGUUCAGGUGACCAUGCAAGUAUGGGACAUCGGAGGGCAGAGCAUCGGGAGCAAAAUGAUGUCCAAGUACAUUUUUGGGGCACAUGUGAGAUCAGGGGGGACGGGUCUCAUCGCAGUGAUAAUGUGCUACGACAUCACCAAUUACGACAGCUUCCAAAACCUGGAUGACUGGUACCGGCUGGUUGUCAAAACCUUCGAGAAAGGGGUGAUGCCGUACGUGGCAAUGGUUGGAAAUAAAUGCGACCUGAGUCACAUGCGAGCUGUGAGAACGACAAGCGCUCAUCGGUUCGCCGACGACAACAACAUGUACACCUUCUUCAUGUCGGCUAAGUCAGGGGAUCAGGUAGACGCGUGCUUUCACCGAAUAGCGGGCCAUCUGUCAGGAGUCGCUUUAUCCAGACCACAGCUUGACGCAGCUGGAGGAGUGCUAAGUGCGAGCAUCGUCAACUACAGGCGCCACGACGAAGAAGUGCACGGUGGCGAACUACCCGAUUACACCUCUCGACGUCCCAAGACUUGCACACUGUCGUGA